GAGCACAGCCGCCAAGGCGCCGAGGAGGAGUCCUCCUGCUCCCCCUACCCCCUCCCCGGCACCCCCUUCUCCUCCUCCCCUCGCCGCAUGGAUCCGCACGGAUCCGUCAGCGGAGGGGUCUCUAGCACGCCGGCGGCUCGACUUCGAGGGGGAUCUGCUUUGAGCGGGGUCAAUGGCCGGGGAGUCGCGCCGGACGAUGCGUCACGGCGGGCGUUCGCUGCGGCGGGCGUGAGCGAGGCGAGGGACGGCGGCGCCGGUACUAGGGGAGGACGGGGGACGUCGGCACGUCACGACGGUCGUUCAUUGCGGAGGCGCACAUGGAGCGGGGCGCUACGGGAGGGGAUGACGGAGGUGGAGGGGGAUGCAUUGUAGGGGACGGUGCGGGCGGAACACACCUUCCCAGGGCGGGCUCCGGGGGCCACCUGCAUGUCGCUGGUGGCGCAGCGCAUGCCGGCGUCGGGGUGCGCGGCGUGGCCCAUCGUGCGCAACUUCGGCAACCCGCAGCGAUACACGCACUUCGUGCGCACCAGUGCGCUCGUGGCCGGCGACGAGGCCAGCAUCGGCAAGGCCUGGGAAGACACCGUUGUGUCUGGCCUCCCGACCUCCACCAGCUCCGAGCGCCUCGAGAUACUCGACGACGGCCGUCAUAUCCUCAGCUUCAGCAUCGUCGACGGUGAGCACUGCCUCUGCAACUACCGCUCCGUAUCCUCCGUCACCGAGAUCCUGCUGGGCCCCUACCGUGCUGUCGUCGAGUCCUAUGUCGUUCCUGAUGGCUAGCGACACUGGUGCUCAACAGGGGAAAAACUCAAGUGGCGGGUGCUCUCAACAAGAUGGCGUUGCGCUCAUAUUUUUACAUUUCGUCUUUAUACCUCAAAUACAAUUAUGUUCUCAUCCAGAUCAAUGUGGAAACAUAUUCAUCAUCUGGGAACUAGACCAUAAGUACUACUCCAAAACUGGGAGAUUCCUCCGUUUUCAUCUAUUUACUUCAAUUUUCAUCUUA